AUGUCUUUCACUAACUUCUUAGAACUUUCCACUGAAAUUUCCGAACCAUUUAUCAUUCCAAAUGUUUCCCCAGUUACUUCUCCAAAACUUGCUAGUAGAUCUGCUCGUGCUACAGCUAAAAUGCCAUCUAUGGGUACAGACAACUUGACUCCAUUGGUAGCUAUUGAAGAACAUGAUGAAGAAAUUGACUCCACAUUGAUUUCAACCAGAAAACUCUCUGUUCUUGACUUGAACUAA